UUGCAAGCUGGCGGGGUGUGCGGUCGUCCUGCGUGGAAAUGGCCAGCGCCGCCGCGCGGUCCCCAGCUGACCAGGACAGGUUCAUUUGCAUCUACCCCGCUUAUCUGAAUAACAAGAAGACCCUCGCGGAGGGGCGCCGCAUCCCCGUCAACAAGGCUGUUGAAAAUCCAACAGCUUCAGAGAUUCAAGAUGUAUGCUUAGCAGUUGGACUUAAUGUAUCUCUUGAGAAAAAUAAAAUGUACUCUAGAGAAUGGAAUCGUGAUGCUCAGUACAGGGGCAGAGUCCGGGUUCAGCUGAAACAGGAAGAUGGCAGCCUCUGUUUGGUACAGUUUCCAUCACCCCUGACAGGUGGCCAAGGAAGAAAGAAUACGAGGGCAGCCGGCUUAAAAGGUUUGCCACAGAAAGAUGGCUGCAGAGGAAGAUUCUCAAGGGGCAUGUAUGCUAAAAUUGAUUUUACAAGCUAAUGAUAGUGAUUCUACACAAUAUAAAAGCAGCUGCUGGAGACCGAAGUGACCGAGCAUCCGCGCUGGAAGUGGAUGUUUUUAAUAAGUACAAUUUUUAGGUCAUUUUCUUGACCUGUGUCUAAAACAAUACAGGAUGGUUUGGAGGUAUGUAUGUGUAAGUGUUACUAUAUACAGUGACUUUUCUGUAAAAUGUGCAGGUAGAAAUCAGUGGUUUCAUUCCCUUGAAAUCUAGCGGGUAUUAUUGGUAGACACAGUGUUGUUUGUAGUUCAGGGUAAGUAAGCCUUGUUCGCCAAGAGGAAGUCUCUACCUGGAGAAAUAACAGGCCACGAGCGGUGCCUACUGCCCACUCCCCGUCUCUAUCAAACACACCCAGGGUUUACAAAAGACAAACAGCUCCCACCCCACACACA